UGUUUUCCUAAAACACAAUAAUACUGUCAACGUUGCAAUAACAUUAGUCUAGACGCGAUCGUCGACGGAAGUUUUUUAACGAUGGACAACUGUAAGAAAAACAGCACAGCAAGUAUCAGAUUCAGUAUCGGAAACUACGAUAAUUAUUGUAACAUUACCGACAUAAGAAGUGGCCACGUCAAGGAGAGUGCGGCGGAUUUCGUUGCCGGUUCCAUAGGUGGUAUCGCCUUGGUGCUUGUGGGACAACCGCUCGACACGGUCAAAACUAAGUUGCAGACGUUUCGGGGCCUGUACCGAGGUCCGGCACACUGUCUGAUGCACACGUACCGCACGACGGGUAUACGUGGCUUGUACGCCGGAACCUAUCCCGCCCUGAUAGCCAGUGUGGCUGAAAACUCGGUGUUGUUCUUGUGUUACGGACUGUGCCAGCGGAUGGUAGCCUCCGUUACCGGAGCCCGGGACAUCAAACAGUUGGACGUGCUGUCCAACGCCACGGCUGGCUGCGUUGCUUCUUUUUUUUCGUCCGUCGUACUUUGUCCUACUGAACUGAUCAAAAUUAAACUGCAGGCGGGCCGCGAGUUGGCCAAGUCCAGGGGAGAAAAGUUUAACGGCGGCGUUUUACGCGUCACAAAGGAACUUGUGAACAACAACGGUGUACUGGCUUUGUUCCGAGGACUGACAAUAACUUUGGCUCGAGAACUGCCUAGUUACUUUUGUUUUUUCGGAGCUUACGAGGCCAUCAGAGAAACGCUGAAACCUGAAGGAGGAUCGCGAGAAGACUGUGGACUAGUCGCAACGUCUGUCGCUGGCGGUGUUGGAGGUAUCCUGUUGUGGGCAGUAACAUUUCCCGUGGACGUGGUCAAGUCGCGAAUUCAACUGGAUGAUGCGAUCUCAACUCGUAGAUGGGUACCCAUGUUGAUGAAUAUCUAUCAAAACGAGGGCUUUAGUGCCCUUUACAGUGGCCUAGCGCCGACAUUGGUGCGCACUGUUCCAUCCUCGGCCAUGUUGUUUAUUGUUUAUGAGUACACGAAAAAACUAAUGAGUGAUCGAUGACUAGCAAUGAUUCUCCGGUUACACAUGUUCUAUGCCACACUAAGAAUGUCCUCGGUAAUUGAGCAUAUGUCUAGUGACGUUCGAAGUCGUGGACUAUGUUUCAUUUAUCUUUUUUGUCCAAGAUCUCAACUGAAAGUCGAGUUCACGUAUUUACAGAAAAGAUAUAUAACAUUAAUGACAAAGAGAUUUUUGGAGCGGACGUGAGAGUCAUACGUACUGUGUUAAAUAUUCAAAUAUGUAUAUCAAAAAAAAAUUAUGAUAUUCAUAUAGUUAUUUUUAUUUGUAAACAUUAAUUUUUUUUGAUUUUGGUUUUACAAUUGUAUUAUUAUAAUAGAAUUUAUUUUAGUUGUCUAUGUUUUUGACAAUUAACAUUUAUCAACAUUUUCAAGAUCUAAAUAUAAUUUUAUUAGUUCAAGCGUUUUC